UAUAAAGCGCAUGCGCGCAGCGCGGGCUCACAGCGCCACGUCCCGUCCACCGGAUCCGUCACGAUGCGCCCCGUACUCGCCCUGUGCCUGCUUGCCCUGCUCGGGGCCCGCGCCGACAUCGCGGAGGAGAACGACGUGCUGGUGCUGAGGAAGGACACGUUCGACCAGGCCCUGCAGGCGCACAAAUACCUCCUGGUGGAAUUCUAUGCCCCUUGGUGCGGUCACUGCAAGGCAUUGGCACCAGAGUAUGAGAAGGCAGCUGGAAUUCUAAAAGGAGAAGGAUCAGAGAUACGAUUGGGUAAGGUGGAUGCCACAGAAGAGGCGGACUUGGCACAGGAGUUUGGUGUUAGAGGCUAUCCAACAAUCAAAUUCUUCAAAAAUGGAGACAAGAAGUCACCCAAAGAAUAUUCAGCUGGCAGGGAGGCACCGGACAUUGUCAACUGGCUGAAGAAGCGUACAGGUCCAGCUGCCACAACAUUGAGUGAUGAAGCAGCUGUGACUGCUCUUGUGGAUGCCAACGAAGUUGCAGUUAUUGGUUUCUUUAAGGAUACCGAAUCUGACCUGGCAAAGGUCUUUGUGCAAGCUGCAGAAUCAGUAGACGACAUUCCAUUUGGAAUCAGUUCCAGUGAUGAUGCUUUCUCUAAAUAUGAGAUUACAAAAGAUACAAUUGUCCUCUUCAAGAAGUUCGAUGAAGGUCGGAAUAACUUUGAAGGAGAAGUAAAGAAAGAGGAAGUCUUGAGCUUCAUAAAGUCUAACCAGCUACCUCUGGUUAUUGAAUUUACCGAGCAGACUGCACCAAAGAUCUUCGGUGGAGAGAUAAAGACACACAAUUUGUUCUUCCUGCCAAAAAGUUCCCCUGACUAUCAAGAAAAACUUGACAAUUUCAAGAAAGCUGCAUCAAACUUCAAGGGAAAGAUUCUCUUCAUCUUCAUUGAUAGUGAUCACACAGAUAACCAGCGUAUUCUGGAAUUCUUCGGUCUGAAGAAAGAAGAGUGUCCUGCUGUCAGGCUAAUUACACUGGAGGAAGAGAUGACAAAAUACAAGCCUGAGUCAGAUGACUUGUCUGCUGAUAAAAUCAAGGAAUUCUGUGACCUGUUCCUGCAGGGCAAGAUUAAGCCCCAUCUAAUGAGUCAAGAUAUACCCGAAGAUUGGGACAAGAGCCCAGUGAAAGUCCUGGUGGGCAAGAACUUUGAAGAAGUUGUCUUUGAUGAGAACAAGAAUGUGUUUGUUGAAUUCUAUGCCCCUUGGUGUGGUCACUGCAAACAACUGGCUCCAAUCUGGGAUCAACUAGGAGAGAAGUACAAGGACACAGAUAAUAUUGUCAUAGCAAAAAUGGAUUCCACAGCUAAUGAGAUUGAAGCUGUUAAAAUUCACAGCUUCCCCACCUUGAAGUUCUUCCCAGCUGGGGCAGAGAAGAAGGUGGUUGACUAUAAUGGAGAGAGGACACUAGAAGGAUUCUCGAAGUUCUUGGAAAGCGGUGGGCAGGAUGGUCAGGCAGAUGAGGACCUGGAGGACUUGGAAGAUGCAGAGGAGCCAGACUUGGAAGAGGAAGAUGAUCAGAUAAAGAGAGAUGAAUUAUAGGAAUAUGCAGUAAUAUUUCAGAAGCCAGAGGACACUAAGAGGGGCGGAGACAACACUCUACACUCAGAGCUCUGAAUGCAGGGAAACUUUAUUUUCAUCAAUCUGUAUGUUAGGGUUUUUGCUUUGGGGGGGGAUAAAGGGGCCUUGGUGUUAACGGUCAGCAGAGUUUAUUUUUCACUGUGAGGUUUUUUGUUUUUUUUAACACUUGACAUUUUAUUUUUCUGAUGUAAAGUUUGGCACUUGUUGUGGCUUCCUGUAUUGUCCUAUCUGUAACUUUAUUGUGAGCUUUUUUCCUGUAGCUGGAUGAGAAUUCCACGCAUGGCUCGUUCCCCUUAUAAAGGACCUUGUUCCUUUUGGGCUCAUUUUCGAUGUUUCUCUAGCGGAAGCUGCUGGUAUUCUCUCUCCCCCCCCCCCCCCC